AUGCAGGCUGCAUCCCCCCCUCGCACAGCAACCCUGCUCGCCAACCUGACCAACGUCGCCGCCCGCGUGGCCGCCGCCUCCACCACUUUCUCUUCUACAACUACUCCAGGCAAAAAAGUCCGCCUGGUCGCCGUCUCCAAACUCAAACCGGCCAGCGACAUCCUCGCCCUUUAUACCUCUGCGUCUCCUCCACAACUGCACUUUGGCGAGAACUACGUGCAAGAACUCAUCGAAAAAUCACGCGUGCUUCCGCCAUCGAUCCGCUGGCAUUUCAUCGGUGGUCUGCAGUCGAACAAAUGCGUCGCUCUGGCGCGCGAUGUUCGCGGCCUGUGGGCUGUCGAGAGUGUUGAUACCGCCAAAAAGGCCUCGUUGCUGAACAAGGGCUGGUCGGAGCGUAGCGAUCGAGGAGGCGAGGUUGAGACGCGGUUGCGUGUGUUUGUGCAGGUGAAUACCUCUGGAGAAGCAAACAAAGCCGGCGUAGAACCGGCAGAGGCGGCGGUGCUGUGUCGACAUGUGCGUGAGCAAUGCCCCGAGUUGCAACUGCAGGGCCUGAUGACUAUCGGCGCUAUUGCCAGGUCGCAUGCUACCAGCAGUGGAGAGGAUGAAAACGAAGACUUUGUGGCGCUGAAAAGGACGAAGGAGCUUGUGGUUAAGGAAUUGGGGCUGCAAGAAGACGACCUCGAGUUGAGUAUGGGGAUGAGCGCAGACUUUGAAGGCGCCAUUGCCCUGGGCAGCGACCAAGUGCGCGUUGGCACGACGAUCUUUGGCGAUAGGCCGUCGAAAGAAGAGGCCAAGAAGACAACCCUUUUAUAA